AUGCAACAAAGUGACUCAUAAUAGCCACAAACAACGCAAACAAUAGAUGAACAACCAAAACCGAAGGAUACACGUUAUAAGACGAGUGUAAGGUCUUUGCCUAACUUGUAAGGAUGUCACGAAGACAAAAGGAGUAGAGUUUGAAGAGUUCGAUUUGAAAUAAGAAUUAAUGUAAGGUCUAGCAGCAGCAAAUUAUGAGAAGCCAUCUCCUAUUUAAGAAGAGUCAAUACCAUUUGCAUUGGCAGGAUCUAAUAUUAUAGCAAGAGCUAAAAAUGGUACAGGCAAAACAGGAGCCUAUAUAAUUCCAAUUCUAGAAAUGAUGGAGAUAGAAGGUCAAAUCUAGAGUCUGAUCUUAGUACCUACAAGAGAAUUAGCUCUAUAAGUUUCUAGUUUAGUAAAGGAGAUUGGUAAGUAUAUGAAGGUUGAAUGUAUGGUUUCAACAGGAGGUACUGAUUUUAAAGAGGAUAUCUAUAGAUUGAAACAGGUAGAGUAGUUAAAUGAUUGUAGGUAGUUCAUGUAUUGGUUGGAACACCUGGAAGAAUAUUAGAUUUGGCAUAAAGGAAAUUAGCUGAUUUGUCUAAAUUAAAACAUUUUGUUUUAGAUGAAGCUGAUAAAUUACUUUCAGUUGAUUUUUAACCACUUAUUGUUAAAAUACUUUAAUUUGCACCUCCAGAAGUAUAAAUUAUGAUGUUUUCUGCAACAUUUCCUGUUGAUGUUAAAGGUUUUAUUAAUGAACAUGUUCCAUAAAUACAAGAAAUUAAUCUUAUGGAAGAAUUAACAUUAAAGGGUGUAACAUAAUAUUAUCUAUUUAUUGAUGAGAAAUAAAAAGUCAAUUGUUUAAAUUUCAUAUUUAGCAAACUUGAAAUAAAUUAAGCAAUUAUAUUUUGCAAUUCAGCAAGAAGAGUAGAAUUAUUGACUCAAAAAAUUACUGAAUUUGGGUAUUCAUGUUUGUAUGCAUUUUGUAUCAUUCUAUUAGUUACAUUCAUGCAAAAAUGAAUUAGAAGGAUAGAAAUAAAGUAUUCCAUAGUUUUAGAAAAGCUGUAGGUAGAUGUCUUGUCUCUACAGAUCUCUUUACUAGAGGAAUUGAUAUUUAAUCUGUCAAUGUUGUCAUAAAUUUCGAUUUCCCAAGAACUGCUGAAACAUAUUUACAUCGUAUAGGUAGAUCAGGAAGGUAAUUUAUUAAUUUAUAUAAUAAUUAGAUUUGGUCAUUUAGGUUUGGCUGUUAAUUUUAUAACCGAAACAGAUAAAGACACUUUGGUUUAAAUUGAAUAAGAGCUAGACACUGAUAUUAAACCAUUUCCAAAAGAAGUUGAUAAGAGUAUAUAUUGAUAAAUUAAUAACAAAAAUUAAUNUCUCCUAUUUAAGAAGAGUCUAUUCCAUUUGCAUUGGCAGGAUCAAAUAUUAUUGCAAGAGCUAAAAAUGGUACAGGCAAGACAGGAGCUUACAUUAUUCCAAUUCUAGAAAUGAUGGAGAUAGAAGGUCAGAUCUAGAGUCUGAUCUUAGUGCCUACAAGAGAAUUAGCUUUAUAAGUUUCUAGUCUAGUAAAAGAGAUUGGUAAGUAUAUGAAGGUUGAAUGUAUGGUUUCAACAGGAGGCACUGAUUUUAAAGAAGAUAUCUAUAGAUUGAAAUAGGUAGAGAGUUAAAUGAUUGUAGGUAGUUCAUGUAUUGGUUGGAACACCUGGAAGAAUUUUAGAUUUGGCUUAAAGGAAAUUAGCUGAUUUAUCUAAAUUAAAACAUUUCGUUUUAGAUGAAGCUGAUAAAUUACUUUCAGUUGAUUUUUAACCACUUAUUGUUAAAAUACUUUAAUUUGCACCUCCAGAAGUAUAAAUUAUGAUGUUUUCUGCAACAUUUCCUGUUGAUGUUAAAGGUUUUAUUAAUGAACAUGUUCCAUAAAUACAAGAAAUUAAUCUUAUGGAAGAAUUAACAUUAAAGGGUGUAACAUAAUAUUAUCUAUUUAUUGAUGAGAAAUAAAAAGUCAAUUGUUUAAAUUUCAUAUUUAGCAAACUUGAAAUAAAUUAAGCAAUUAUAUUUUGCAAUUCAGCAAGAAGAGUAGAAUUAUUGACUCAAAAAAUUACUGAAUUUGGGUAUUCAUGUUUGUAUGCAUUUUGUAUCAUUCUAUUAGUUACAUUCAUGCAAAAAUGAAUUAGAAGGAUAGAAAUAAAGUAUUCCAUAGUUUUAGAAAAGCUGUAGGUAGAUGUCUUGUCUCUACAGAUCUCUUUACUAGAGGAAUUGAUAUUUAAUCUGUCAAUGUAGUCAUAAAUUUCGAUUUCCCAAGAACUGCUGAAACAUAUUUACAUCGUAUAGGCAGAUCAGGAAGGUAAUUUAUUAAUUAAUAUAAUAAUUAGAUUUGGUCAUUUAGGUUUGGCUGUUAAUUUUAUAACUGAAACAGAUAAAGAUACUUUGGUAUAAAUUGAAUAAGAGCUAGACACUGAUAUUAAACCAUUUCCAAAAGAAGUUGAUAAGAGUAUAUAUUGAUAAAUUAAUAACAAAAAUUAAUACCUUCAGC